CUUCUAGCUCCUGAUGCGGUAGCAGUAGCGGUAGCGGUAGCAGCUUCCUCUCCCUUUCACUUUAACUUUCAGUUUCAAUUCUUUCCACUAUAAUUAUUCAUGACACGGGGGAUAGAAGCAGAAAGGGCACACCUUCUUUAUCUCGAAGCUUACCUCACUCUUCAUCGUUCCUUACUGAAUUGCAAUCAGAGGAGGAUUGCUGCGAAUAAACACUCUAUACCAGAAUUCGAAUCAACUAUAUUCCAUCCAUCAUCAGUCUGUACUACUACUUGCAGCACCCUGUCUGUUCUCUCUCAUGUGUCUGUGUCUCCCCAAUCGUCAGCGUCUUCCUCUUCCUCUUCCUCUUCCUCUUCCUCUUCCUCUUCCUCUUCCUCUUCCUCUUCCUCGUCCUCCCCUUCUCCUUUGUCCUCCCCUUCUUCCUCGUCCUCGUCUUUGUCCCUCACGCCAAUGGCCCUCAUCGGAGUCGUGUGGGGGUGGGGGUGGCUGGGGGGCUCGUCUCGUCUCCUUUCAAACUCAUAUGCGCCACCGCCACUGCCACUGCCACUGCCCCCCACCGGAAAAAGGCGUGAGGCGUGAGGCGUGAGGCAUGAGGCGCAAGGGGCGAGAGGCGCGAGAGGCGUGAGAGGUGAGAGG